AGCAGGUAAAAAUAGGUGCACCUCGCAUGGACCGGCGCGCGAUAUCGGCACAGCAACCGGCGCCGUGCCACGCUUCAAGCUUCACGAUGCCCCUCACAGCACCGAGCCGCGUUCGCGCGACGACGUCGCCGUUGCCGGUGCAGAAGGCCCUGCUUAAGCCGGCGCACCACGUGCCGCCCGUGGGCCACACGAGCGCACCGAUCACGACAGCCGUCGCGCCGACGGUGCGCCGGCGAAAGAGCCGGCAUACGUACGCACCAUUCCGACCGACUGUGUUUAGCGACAAGCUCCUCGUGCCCGAACAGCACGAGUACGUCGUGCCACGCGACUUGGCCGCAGACAGCGCCAAGCGCUGGGCGACGCGGGGUCCCAUCAUGGGCUCCACCCCCAAGCUUGAUGUCAAGAGUGGCGCAAUGUACGCGCCGACACUCGACUGCAUCUACGACACGGGCAAACACACACUCGGCUACCGCGUGCACCAUUCGCUGUCGGGCUCGACGCUGUGGAACUCGACCAAGCGCUUUGUGGACCACCAAAGUACGACGGACCGCGUUGGGCCUGGCGCCUACGAGAGCGUCACGGCGGCGUGGGAGAAAGCGCGGAGCGUCAAGAAGUACCCGUCGCUGCCACCGAGCCCGGGGCACCGCGCGUCGUACCGGCCGCACGUCGACGACGAGACGUCGGAAGGCCAAACGAACGAGCUCGCGCCAUUGGACACGUGGAAGCGCACGACCAAAGCCGUGUCGCCACCGACCGUUGCGUUUGACAAGGCAACACGCACGACGUGGAUCGACGUGCAGCGAACGCGCGCCGACAAGAUGCGGGCGCUGCCGUCCUCGGCGUCGUGCCCCGUACUCGAGCUGCCUAAUUACAUCAGCGGUGUACGCACCGGUGUCUUAAAGCUGUAGCCUAGCCAUAUACAUCUACGACUGUCCUGAGUAUUCUGUCUCAAUGCAACCCCGCUAUCGUCGUUCUAGC